AUGUACACGAGCAGCGCACUACAUCAGAGGCUUGCCCCUUAUUGCUUGGGCCCUUCUUCUCCCUUAUUUGAUGUCAGGGACGCCUGCCGCCUCAUGGGCAGGAUGCCCCACAAACUGCCACUGUCCCGCCGGCUGCUUGAUGUUGAUGAGGGGGGACCUUGCACGGAGGAGCUCCGAGAGAGUCGGCGAGACAGACGGCGGAUAAGGCCACUACCAGGCAUUGGGGCUUCGUGUGGUUCUGAAUAUCGGCAGGAAAAGUGUGACGUCAUCUGUGCGUUUGACAUCUUGUUGGUCAAGAAUGGCUGCAAGGAAACAGAGCGUCAGCUUGGCAAUGGCUGA